GAUCCGCCCCCCAUCCCCCGGCCAUGGCCCCGCGGCUGCAGCUGGAGAAGGCGGCCUGGCGCUGGGCGGACACGGUGCGGCCCGAGGAGGUGGCGCAGGAGCACAUCGAGGCGGCCUACCGCAUCCGGCUGGAGCCCUGCGUACGGGGAGUCUGCAGAAGAAACUGUAAAGGGAACCCAAAUUGCUUGGUUGGGAUUGGCGAACAUGUCUGGUUAGGAGAGAUAGAUGAAAAUAGCUUUCACAACAUCGACGAUCCAAACUCCGAACGGAGGAAAAAGAACACAUUUGUGGGCCUGACAAACCUGGGGGCGACCUGCUACGUGAACACCUUCCUUCAGGUGUGGUUUCUCAACUUGGAGCUGCGGCAGGCUCUGUACCUCUGUCCGAGCACGUGUAGUGACUUCAUGAUGGGGGACGGCAUUAAAGAAGACAAAGAUUAUGAGCCGCAGUCCAUCUGUGAGCAUCUCCAGUACUUAUUUGCAUUGUUGCAAAACAGUAACCGACGUUAUAUUGAUCCAUCAGGAUUUGUUAAAGCUUUAGGCUUGGAUACGGGACAGCAGCAGGAUGCCCAAGAAUUUUCCAAGCUCUUUAUGUCCCUGUUGGAGGAUACUCUGUCCAAACAAAAGAAUCCAGAUGUCCGGAACAUAGUCCAGCAGCAGUUUUGUGGCGAGUAUGCAUAUGUCACCGUCUGUAACCAGUGUGGGCGAGAGUCUAAACUUGUAUCCAAAUUCUACGAACUGGAGUUAAAUAUCCAAGGACACAAGCAGUUAACAGACUGCAUCACUGAAUUUCUUAAGGAAGAAAAAUUAGAAGGAGACAAUCGAUAUUUUUGUGAAAAUUGCCAAAGCAAACAAAAUGCAACAAGGAAGAUUCGAUUACUCAGCCUUCCUUGCACACUUAACUUGCAGCUAAUGCGGUUUGUGUUUGAUAGACAAACUGGACAUAAGAAAAAGCUAAAUACUUACAUUGGCUUCUCAGAACUGCUGGAUAUGGAGCCUUAUAUGGAACAUAAAGCAGGUGGCCACGUUUAUGAACUCAGCGCGGUACUCAUCCACCGAGGGGUAAGCGCGUACUCCGGCCACUACAUCGCUCACGUGAAAGACCCCCAGACCGGCGAAUGGUACAAGUUUAACGACGAAGACAUAGAAAAGAUGGAGGGGAAGAAAUUGCAACUAGGGAUUGAGGAAGAUCUAGCAGAGCCUUCUAAAUCACAGACUCGUAAACCGAAAUGUGGGAAAGGAACUCACUGCUCACGAAAUGCGUACAUGUUGGUGUACAGACUACAGACCCAGGAAAAGCCCAGUGUGGCAGUUCAAGUACCAGCUUUCCUCCAGGAGCUGGUGGAACGUGAUAAUUGUAAGUUUGAAGAGUGGUGUAUUGAAAUGGCAGAAAUGCGCAAACAAAGUGUGGAUAAAGGCAAAGCCAAACAUGAAGAGGUGAAGGAGCUCUACCAAAGGUUACCUGCCGGAGCUGAGCCAUAUGAAUUUGUGUCUCUUGAGUGGCUGCAGAAAUGGCUGGACGAAUCUACACCAACAAAGCCCAUCGACAACCAUGCUUGCCUGUGUUCCCAUGACAAACUACACCCGGACAAAAUCUCCAUUAUGAAGAGAAUAUCGGAAUAUGCGGCCGACAUUUUCUACAGCAGAUACGGAGGGGGGCCGAGGCUUAAUGUUAAAGCACUUUGCAAGGACUGUGUGGUAGAACGAUGUCGAGUAUUGCGAUUGAAGAAUCAGUUAAAUGAAGACUAUAAAAUUGUUACAAAUUUGUUAAAAGUUACAGUAAAGAGCAAUGAAGGAUUUUGGGUAGGGAAAUCUUCCUUACGGAGUUGGCGACAACUAGCUCUGGAACAGUUAGAUGAACAAGAUGGUGAAAUAGACCAAAGUAAUGGGAAAAUGAAUGGUGAUACCCUAAAUAAAGAUGAAUCAAAAGAAGAAAGAAAAGAUGAGGAGGAAGAAUUGAAUUUCAAUGAAGACAUUCUGUGUCCACACGGUGAUUUAUGCAUAUCAGAAAAUGAAAGAAGGGUUGUUUCUAAAGAAGCCUGGAGAAAACUCAAACAGUACUUUCCAAAGGCACCUGAAUUCCCCAAUUAUAAAGAGUGCUGUUCACAAUGCAAGGAAUGGAGCUUGAUGCAAAUAUACGAAAUUGAACUUUUCACUUUUGUUCAGAUUCUGGAAAGAGAGGGGGAAGAAAAUGAAGCUUUACAUAAGAUGAUAGCAAAUGAACAGAAGGCUUCUCUCCAGAACCUGUUCCAGGACAAAAGCAGACCAUGCCUUAGUAGCUGGCCACAGGAGACCAAUGUACUCUACAUUGUGUCCCAGUUUUUUGUAGAAGAGUGGAGGAAAUUUGUCAGACGGCCUACCAGAUGUAGCCCGGUAUCAUCGAUAGGAAACAGUGCUCUCCUCUGUCCUCAUGGAGGACUUAUGUUUACUUUUGCUUCCAUGACCAAAGAGGAUUCUAAACUUAUAGCUCUAAUAUGGCCCGAUGAAUGGGAUAGGAUGCAAAAAUUAUUUGUCGUGGAUCACGUGAUCAAAAUCGUCAAAUCAGAAGCAGAUGAUAAAAGCCCCUCGAAAACACUGUACACUUCUGAGCCUAAACUCUGUCCAGAGUGCCGAGAAGGACUAUUGUGUCAGCAGCAGAGGGACCUGCGUGAGUACACUCAAGCCACCAUCUAUGUACACAAAGUUGUGGAUAAUAAAAAGGUAAUGAAGGAAGCAGCGCCGGAACUGAAUGUGAGUAGUUCGGAAACUGAAGAAGACAGAGAAGAAGCCAAACCAGAUGGGGAAAAAGACCCAGAUUUUAACCAGGCCAACGGGGGAGCAAAGCGGCAGAAGAUAUCCCAUCAGAAUUACUUAGUCUAUCAAAAACAGGUCAUUCGUCGGAGCACACGGCACAGGAAGGUGCGGGGUGAGAAAGCCCUGCUUGUUUCAGCUAAUCAGACGCUAAAAGAACUGAAAAUCCAGAUCAUGCAUGCAUUUUCGGUGGCUCCUUUUGACCAGAAUCUGUCUAUCGAUGGGAAGGUCCUGAAUGAUGACACGGCAACCCUCGGCACCCUCGGCGUCAUUCCGGAAUCGGUCAUUUUGUUAAAGGCUGACGAACCGAUCGCUGAUUAUGCCGCAAUGGACGAUGUUAUGCAAGUUUGUAUGCCUGAAGAAGGAUUUAAAGGGACUGGCCUACUUGGACAUUAAUGUUUUGAAACCUGCUAUGCGCUAAGAAGUGACCAGAAGGGAAGAAGAGUUUGACAUGCUAGGGCAUUAAAGACAAAGUGGAUCUAUGAGAAUAAAUGGUCGCUUGACUCUUCCAGAAGGCAGCAAAAUCCAAUCAAAAGUGACUGCCCCAAAAGCCUUAUGUCAAAUAAAAGCAGAUUGCACUGAAAGACAUCAAACUUCAAGGAAAAUGUUUCCAGUUUUAUAUUUAAAGAUGAAAUGUAAGGCCGAACAAGUUUAGUAGCAGUAACCGGACAUCAUGUUUACAUUCAGAACUUUCUAGACGAGGGAGGAAAUAAGAUUCUGUUGUAUUUCCUUGCUCAGAUUUCAUAUCGCAGGCAUUCGUCCCUAGAGGAUUUGUAUUUCCCAUAGGCAAAUGACAUCCUGAUCUGUCUUAAAAAGUGAUCCUUUUCCAGGCAUACACCUGCUUCCAAAUAUCUGUCUUUGAUCCACUUGGACACUUUCAAUAAAGCAUGGGAGUAAACAACUUGUAA